CUGGGUAUAUAAAGACCCAGGGCUACGAGGGAAAGCCAAUCACUGGGUGACUUCUGUAGGAGAAAUGGUGAGAAAAAUUUUUGUACUGUUCUUCCUCCUGACAGUGGGGAAUUUGGGCCACUGUCAGGAAUGGGAGAGUCUUCUUUUCAUCAAGAUGGAGGUAUUACUGGCGAAGCAGGAAACAGCCUUAGUGAAGCAAGAAGCAGCCAUGAGCCAGCUGAAGGGAAUGCAGGAGAAACAGGAACAGGUCGAAGGCAAACUUCAAGAAAUCCAGGAGAAACAAGAACACAUCGAAGGCAAACUUCAAGAAAUGCAGGAGAAACUUCAACACGUCGACAUUAACCUUCAAGUAUCAUGCCCAGCUCCGUACACUGACGUGGGAGGAAAGUGUCUCUACUUCCACACUGCAACAAAUGACACUUGGCUUAACAAGGAAACAUUGUGUAUUGGACUUGACGGUCACCUGCUUAAAAUUGACGACGCAAAUUUAUUUUAUGACAUCGUCAAUCAUGUCAAAGCCAAAGAACCUGACACGACCUACUUCUGGAUUGGAGGCUCUGACGCAGCCACCGAAGGGGACUGGAGGUGGACAGACUAUACCAAAGUCAAAAUGGGUACUCCUUUUUGGGGCACAUAUAGCAUGAAAACCCCACAACUACAGGAGCCCCAAGGAGGAACUAGGGAAAAUUGCAUUUGUCUGAACAAAAAUCUGAUGUUUUACUUCCAUGACUAUUCAUGUAACUACGAAUUUGCUGGAAUCUGUGAACAUAAUGAAAGUUGAACAUUUUGAUGCUGAUUAUCAGUUCUGAAUUGGGUAAUAAUGAUGUUAUCAUUAUAAUCCGUUUGAAAUUUAAUGUACAAGUGCUUAAUCAGAUAUUUUUAGAUACUUUUUUGUCAAAUUUUGGUUCUCUUAUUCAACUAAUCCAUAAGACUUGUAAGAGACAGAAAAUAAAAUAAAUUCACUGAGGGAAACAA